AUGUCCAACUCGAAUCAUGAUGAAUUAAAUGGCAUCAAACAAGGCGUCUUCGUACCGCCAUCUCCACUCAAGGAUGCGCCAGGUGAAAUGGGUAAACCUUUUGUUCUACCCACUAACAUGACUGCUGAAAUGAAGAAGGCCGUCGAAGAUGGUUGGACGAAUAAUGCAUUUAAUCAAUAUGUAUCCGAUAUGAUAUCAGUACAUAGAUCAUUGCCGAAUCCACGAGAUGCUUGGUGCAUGGAACCAGGUCGUUAUGUGGACAAUCUGCCCGAAACCGAUGUCAUUAUCUGCUUCCACAACGAGGCGUGA